GUGUAGCCCUUUAAAGUUUUGAAAAUGUCACAAAUUUGAAAAUAAAAUUAUUGCUCAUAAAACAGUUUUAACUUUUUAAUCAGUUUGUGCCCGUAUACGUGUUAGAAUUCCUUUAAAAAUCAGUUAAAAAGACACAAAAGCCAUGGGUCUCCUAACGAACCCAUCGAUUUCCCAGAAAGCGAAAUACUGCCGGUCCCUGAUUAGGCACAGCGGGCUGAUAUGCUUCUCACUUUAUCUGCUAGGUCUGGGUUCGUUCCUGCUGCUUCCGGAUCCAAAUUUCAACUCCGGUACGUACUUUUCCGAGAAUGCCCUGCUCCCCGGACUGGUUUACUCGGAGCUCAAAUCGGAAACGGUAACGCUGGCCAAGACGUACGCUGCCGAGCUGGAACGGGAACGGGAAACCCACCGGAAGGGUAUUCCCUACGCCUGGCUGUUGGCCAAGAUGCGAAAGAUCGGACUGGACACCCACACGCACAAUUUCACCGUAAACUAUCCGCUAGGCGGCGGCAAAGUAUUUACCGGAAAGAAUGUGUACGGAAUCUUGCGGGCCCCGCGAAUCGGAUCGACCGAGGCGUUUGUCGUCUCCGUUCCUUAUCGAGCACCGGAAACAGUUUACACCGAUGUAUCGGCUGGUAUUCCGUUGAUGUUAGCCUUUGGUGAUUUCGCUCGCCGGCAAAAGUACUGGGCCAAGGAUAUAAUUUUCUUAAUAACCGAGCAGGAGCAGCUUGGAAUGCAGGCAUGGCUGCAGGCUUACUACGGCUCAGAGGACAAUCGAGUGCUGAAUGCGGGGUCGCUUAAUGCUAGGGCAGGAGCCAUCCAGGCUGCAAUAAAUCUUGAACUACAGGACUUUGAUGUAGAUCAUAUCAAUCUAAAGGUGGAAGGAUUAAACGGGCAGCUGCCCAAUCUGGAUUUGCACAAUUUAGCACAGAAACUAUCGCAAAAGAAUGGAUUCUCAGCUGCCUAUCGGUUGUCUGCUACGAAUCAGAGGAAACCUAUCACUUACCAAGAAAAGCUACAAAACAUGCUGGCCAUGAUUAUCAGUCAAUCGACAGGAGUGCCGACCGGCAAUCAUGGCUUGUUUCAUAGGUACGGUGUCGAAGCGCUCACGCUGGAAUUUGUCAAGCGGCAAAGUGGACAGAAGAAUUAUGCCCGAAUCGGUUCUUUACUUCAGAUUGUUGAAGGGAUUAGUCGUAGUUUGAACAAUCUGCUUGAGCGAUUCCAUCAAAGUUACUUUUUCUACAUUCUAGUCACUCACGAUCGGUUUGUGUCCAUCGGAGAUUACAUGCCCAGUUUAGCCCUAAUGGCUGGUGCUUUGCUAGUCCAAUCGUUUAUUCUGUACCUGUCGCUUUAUUAUUCGGAGGACUCGGAACAAGCAACGGAAGAGCAAGAAAAAUUAAUCGAUGAAGAAGAGGAUGAUGAACUCGAACAAUCUGCUAGUUUCAACUACGUUCAGGUUGGAUUCCUGUUGCUACUGGCACAUUCCCUGGGUGCCCUCACGACAGUUCUUCCUUUCCAUCCGGCUAUCAACAAUUAUCUUCAUGCAGCCAAUCUGUCUACGCAGUUCAGUCUGUUCACCAUCAUGGUUAGUAUUUCAAUUUUUACGGUUAUCCUGCCGGCAUUCGUUUCUUUGAACGAACACAACGCCAAAAUUCUUCGAAUCGCUUUGCUACUGGAGCUGGGAACAGCCCUGCUAACGGUUGGAAUGCUAAACUUUUCACUUAGUCUAGUUCUGUCGGUAUUCAUCGUCCCGAUGAUUUUAAUCAUGCAACCUAGAACUCGUUUCUUAGGCAAAAGUCUAUCACGUUUGUUGGGCUUGGUUCUUCAUCCACUGACGAUCGUUUACCUGGUCUUGCUGGCCGUCACUAUCCAUCUUUUCCCCGAAUUGACAAUUCGGGCUGCGACAAAUAAAGCUCUCACUGCCACCAUGGAUGCUAUCACAUACUCGGUCGUAGACUCAAUGAUCUACGGUAAUUGGUUGUUCAAUUUGGUUGCCCUAAUUUUCUUACCCUGCUGGACGAUGUUGUGGUUCUUGAUGUUCACCAACCGUACUGGUAUCGAGCAGCAAGAUCGGAUAAAGUGGCCUCACAAGCGAGUGGGACGGUACGAUCCUUCUGAGGCAUUAUUGGCGGAAGAACAAAAACAUUCCAGCGGAUAGCAAUGGACAGAGAUGGGUGACAUUCUAGUGAAUUAGUAUUAUUACGGUACCAAAAAUAAGACUCGGUUCCGAUUGAACAGAGGAUCAGUAAAUAAUUUUAUUCGAAGGCUAGUUCAAUCUUAUCAUUGGAAAGAAAAA